AUGUCUGAGGGCGCCAGGUUUGAGAUGUCUGAGGGCGCCAGGUCUGAGAUGUCUGAGGGCGCCAGGUCUGCGAUAUCUGAGGGCGCCAGGUCCGAGGGCGCUAAAGGUCUGAGGGCGCCAGGUCCGAGGCGCUAUAGGUCUGAGGGCGCCAGGUCCGAGGGCGCUAAAGGUCUGAGGGCGCCAGGUCUGAGGGCGCCAGGUCUGAGGGUGCUCUAG